AACAAAAAUGGACCUGCGGACAAUCCUUUAUCACCUGCUGCUUUUCUGCUUUGAUCCAUCUACAGCCACAAGCCUCAUAACAGCAGAUAUAUUUGAAGCCAGAGGCCAGCGCGUGUGCAAGGCAGGAAAAGGGAAGCCAUGCUACAAGCUGGCCUACUUCUCCGAGCUCCGCCGUAAGCUGAACUUCAUGGAGGCAGAACGCGCCUGCAGACGGGAUGGGGGGCAGCUCCUGAGCGUGGAGUCUGAGUCCGAGCAGAAGAUCAUAGAGCAGCUCAUCACAGAACUCCGCCCAACUGAUGGAGACUUCUGGAUAGGUCUCCGCCGAAACCAUGGAGGCGAGGAUAGCAACUUGGACUGCUCUUCCCAGUAUUACUGGCUGGAUGGUAGCAAGUCCACAUUUAGGAACUGGCACUGGGAUGAGCCAUCGUGUGGUUAUGAGGUGUGCGUAGUAAUGUAUCACCAACCGUCCGCUCCUCCUGGUAUAGGGGGGCUCUACAUGUUCCAGUGGAACGACGACAAUUGUGAAACCAAGAACAACUUCAUCUGCAAAUACACUGCAGAGGAGCCACUGGAACCUUCUCCUUCACCUAACUCCACUCAAACAGAUGUCUUCCCUUCACCCGUGGUGCCGUGGAAUCCAAAUGAUCACAACCACAACCAAACAGUUCUGAAUUUGGUUUACAUCAUCAUUCCCACCAUUCCCCUCAUACUGCUGCUGCUGACAGUGACAGGCGUCUGCUGCUUCAAGCUGAUUGUCCGACGGAGGAGGAAACAGCAGAAAUCCGAAGUAUGUCAAACAGACCCAGGACUGUGCUCAAGCCCAACUUCAACUGAUGUCUACAACGUCAUUCGUUCCCAGAAGGAUGACGACCUCGUGUCAGCUCGCCCGCAGACCAAGAACACCUCCUUUUUAUGCUCCUCCCCUGACACACCAACUGGUGACUACGAUAAUCUUGGGGGCCGGGACACAGAGAGCGGCUUUGUGACACUUGCAAGCACAGAGAGCUGUUUCCUAAACUUUGACCUCAACGACCUCAGCCUCGGGCGCCGUGGCACUCGUGACUUCUGCGACACCAGCUUGGGCCGCUCAGGGAAAAGGGACCUGAAUGGCAGCAGUUUGGGUCGCACGGGUCACAGAGAGUUCUACGACAAGAGUCUGGGUCGUCGUACAACAAAGAGCGAGCAUUUCGGCAGCAGCCUAUACAGGGACCACGGACUGUAUGAUGGCAGCACCACAGCAGGGAGUGACCUCUAUGAUCCCAAACUAAGACCUGGAGGUCACACACGAAAAGCUGACCUGUAUCAGACAUACAUCACCAAUGGAAAGGAAGACACUUACCGAACCAGCCUCGGAACCUACGGAAACCGAAAGUCCUACAACGCAAAUGUGGAUUGCUACAGAAAUGGGCUGAAUUUGGACGGUGGAAGAAGAUACUUCAACGAGCAUGAAUGGAUCAACAGGGAAAACUACUGA